CUCCAUAGGCAGAAACCACUCUCCAACACACGAGAAAAGAUAAGACUUGACAAAAACAGUUUGGUCUUGUACAAAACUAAACUACCCACACAGGAAAAAGCUCUUCCUCUUGCUCUGUUUUAGAGUAAUUCUCUUUUUUGUAGAGCUCCAGAAUCCACUGUCACCAUGUCUUGCUCUAAUCUGACAAUGUGGGUAUCCUCAAAACCAUCUCUUUCUGACACCUCUUCACUCUCUUUCCGUUCUUUCAUCAGCCCUUUUCAGCUUCCUUCUCAAAGUUCAGCUCCUAACCCUUCAAGAUCCUCAUCUGCAACCCAAAUUCACUGUGGUCUCCGUGAACUUAGAGAACGUAUUGAUUCAGUAAAGAACACACAGAAGAUCACUGAAGCCAUGAAGCUUGUUGCUGCCGCUAAAGUCAGGAGGGCACAAGAAGCUGUUGUCAAUGGCAGACCUUUCUCUGAGUCUCUGGUAGAAGUUCUCUACAACAUUAAUGAACAACUCCAAACUGAAGACAUAGAUGUUCCUCUCACAAAAGUUAGGCCUGUCAAAAAAGUUGCCUUGGUUGUUGUUACUGGUGAUCGUGGUCUCUGUGGAGGUUUCAACAAUAAUAUCAUCAAGAAAGCUGAAUCAAGAAUUGCAGAAUUGAAGGAGCUUGGACUUGAUUAUACUGUCAUUAGUGUGGGGAAAAAGGGUAAUACAUAUUUUCUACGUAGGCCUUAUAUUCCGGUGGAUAGGUUUCUAGAGGGCACUUCACUCCCUACAGCUAAAGAAGCUCAGGCAAUUGCAGACGAUGUUUUUUCACUCUUUGUUAGUGAAGAAGUUGAUAAAGUCGAGCUUUUGUAUACCAAGUUCGUAUCGUUGGUUAAGUCUGAUCCUGUGAUUCAUACUUUGCUCCCACUCUCACCAAGGGGAGAGAUCUGUGAUAUAAAUGGUGUCUGUGUUGAUGCUGCUGAGGAUGAGUUCUUCAGAUUGACAACCAAGGAAGGGAAACUGACAGUUGAGAGAGAUGUUGUGAGGACCGAGACAGCGGAUUUCUCUCCCAUUUUGCAGUUUGAGCAGGAUCCAGUUCAGAUUCUUGAUGCUUUGUUGCCUCUCUAUCUCAACAGCCAGAUUUUGAGGGCCUUGCAGGAGUCGUUAGCCAGUGAGCUUGCUGCUAGGAUGAGUGCCAUGAGCAAUGCUACUGAUAAUGCCGUGGAAUUGAGAAGGACCUUGUCUAUUGUCUACAAUAGGGAGCGUCAAGCGAAAAUCACAGGAGAGAUAUUGGAGAUUGUUGCUGGUGCCAAUGCUUUAGUCUAAUGAACUUAACGCUUCCUUCUUUCCCAACAAUUGUGUUUCUUUGUAGGUAUAAAAAUUCAUGAGUACUUCCUUAUUCAUUCCUAUAUGCUUGUGUAAGAACAAAUCAUGCAGAUAAGAUACUUUUUUGCAUUGUAAUUCUCAAAUGCGUAUAAAACUCUUUGCACAAUGAGAACUGCAAUGUGUUUUUGAAUUGAAAUAGAAGAGCAUUCUACCCAUCUUUCUA